AAUCCAUUUUGUAUUUCUGUCUUUUUCUCCCAGUUUUCCUCUCUCUGUUCAUGGUUGCAGCCAGCAGCCUCACCAUUGAGUUGAUCCCACAGUGUGCCUUGAUCGGCAAGAACGUCACUCUCAGUGUCAGUGAAAUAAACGGGAUGUUAAAAAGCUUUUCCUGGUAUCUAGGAGAUGCUCCAAGUGCUUCAAACCAGAUAAUUAACUACCUUGUAGGGCUUACACCUCCCACCACUAAUGGACCCAAACACUUUACUGAUGCCAUUGGACUUCCAAACGGUUCAUUACUGAUUACAAACCUGAAGGAAGAAUACAGUAAUACCUACACAGUCCAGGUACAGGCAGAUUCACCGGACCGAGCUUCAGCUGACCUGAUUGUGACAAGCGAAGACCAAUGCCAAGACCAAGGCAAAACUGGACAGAUCAUAUCCCUGCUGAAAUUGCCAGCGAUGUUAUUGGACUUAUUCUUGGAUUUCACUUAUCGCAGUCCUGGUUAAGAUUCAGUAUCACAAAAGAGUAAAGUAAAGAACAAAUCAUGAUAUGAAUUUUAGUGCCAAAAAAAAUCUGAAAUCCGGCUUGAAUAAAUGGGAAAAAAUCGAAUGCAGGCUAAAGUUGCAUCACUAGAACGUUACUGGUCUUCCAGUUAUUUCCAUGCUUACUUUUUUCUCUUCUAAAUAUUAAUCUGUUCAACCAAUACAACCUUAGCCAUGAAGUGCAAUCUAUAUUCUAUAGGAAACUACCCAAGAUGACUAGUAGGAAGUGACCAGGAGGUAGCCCUUCCUCUGAAAUCACUCAUUCAAAGACAGAUACACACUGAAUAUUUAUUCCUGUACAAUCCAACUCGUCUCAAAACAGUAACCAGUCACAGACUUUCUUACUCUAACUUUACUCUAACCUGCCUAGUCCCAAUCUCUGUCCAACUUGGCCAGCAUAUUAACCACUCCUGGACUACUUUAUUGGGCUAAACCUCAUAUUGUAGGGAUGUGCCAUUUUUGCCCGUCUUCCACAGAAGAUUGCCGGGUUGUGGAUGGGCUUGGGUUGAGCUCUUCUUCUGCUCUCAUUGAUCUUACAAUGCUGGUUUUUGUUUCCAACAGCCUCUAUUUAAAAACAAGAUCAGCACAAAAUGUCUACUCAUGUGUCAAAGUCUGUGGAGAGAUCUAGUAGGAUGAUUAUGGAAUAGAGACCUUUAGAAAAUCAUUGGCACCAUUAGUUCUGCUUGAGAGAACACAGCAGUCACACUGCCAAGUAUGCUAUAGGCCUUAGAGGUCCCUAAGCUUUAGGGGUCCUUAAAAUAACAUCCCCAAUGUUAAAAAUAUAUUCUGUUAUAUAAUUAGUGUGCUAUUAUGAAGAAGAUAUGCAAGAGAAAGGUAACAGUAUGUUCUGCAAUAUGUGCCCAAAAGUAUGUGGGCAACCCU